AAAUAAGCUUACGGAAAUGCCAUCGUCAUAUAUAGUUCUUUUCAUUUUUACUGACAUUUAAUCCAAGCAAGAAGACGCAUCCAGGCGAUUAUGUUGAAUAUAGAAGAGCAAGCCGUUGCAUCAUCAAAUAGUAAAUUAAAGGUUUUAUUUCAAGAAAAAAAAUUCUUCCAUAUUAAUAAUUUUAUUUAAAUCUAUAAUAGAAAUUUCGAAAACGUAUUUUCCAUCCUAUUACUAGUUGUUGUACAACUAAGAAUAAAGAUGAACAACAAACUAAUCUUUUACAAGAACAUAAUAAAAAUACUGAAGCACCUAUUCGAAAUGAAGACUUUGAAGCUACUGGUUUUGUAAUUGAUCCACAAAAUUAUAUAUAUCAUUAUUGGCUUGGAAUUAUUUCACUUGCUGUUAUUUAUAAUUUUUUAUUAAUACCAGCUCGAUAUUCAUUUAAAGAUAUGGAUAAACAAUUGAAAAUUCUUUGGAUAUCAUUAGAUUAUAUAUUUGAUAGUGUAUAUUUAAUUGAUAUUUUUAUACAAUCGAGAACAGGCUAUUUUAGUCAUGGUCUUUUUGUUCGUAAUCAUCAUGUUUUAUCUCGUAAAUAUUUUACAUCACGUGAAUUUUAUUUCCGUGAUCUUUUAUCGAUUAUUCCAACUGAUCUUAUUUAUUUAAUUCCAUCCUUUCGUUUUGUUUCUAUAAUACGUUGUAAUCGAUUUUUACGUAUUAACCGUUUGUUAGAAUUUCAAGAAUUAACAGAAUCACGUACUAGAUUUCCUAAUGCAUUUCGAAUAUGGUGUCUCGUAUGUUUAACACUUACACUUAUUCAUUGGAAUUGCUGUGCUUAUGUACUUACUUGUCAAUAUUUAGGUUUUGGUACUGAUAGAUGGGUAUUACCAAAUUCAGCUAAAAAUGAAACAGUUUUAAUGCUUUAUACCUAUUGUUUUUAUUGGUCAACACUUUUAUUAAGUACUAUUGGUGAUGUACCAUUGCCUACGAAAAGACCGGAAUAUGUAUUUGUAUUAUUUGAUUAUAUGAUUGGUAUACUUAUAUUUGCAACUAUAAUUGGUAGUCUUGGUACUAUGAUAUCAUCACAAAAUCAAUCAAGACAACAAGUUCGAGAAAAAAUGGAUGAAAUCAAACGUUAUAUGAAAUUUCGUGCAGUUAAUCGAAAACUUGAAUCCAAAGUUAUAAAAUGGCUUGAUUAUUUAUAUACAAAUCGACAAGUAUUAAAUGAAGAAAUGGUUUUAAAUUCUGAUUUAAGUGGAGAAUUACGUAAAGAUCUUGCUAUUAAAGUACAUUUAGAAUCAUUACAACAAGUUAAAUUAUUUAAUGAUUGUGAACCAAAUUUACUUGUUGA